AUGUUGCCAGUUGAUGGGGAAGAAAGGAAGUCAGAAGGCUCUGACACUGAGGGGGACAGAACAUCUCCACGUGCACUCUCAUCUGCUCCCCUGAAGGAACUGGAGGUAAGAGGCUCUGGGCAGAGGUGCAGUGACCCCGCAGCAGGCCAAUCCUCCAACCUCCCACAGCAGGGAGUGGGUGCUCCCUCUGCCAGCUGAGAGAUAGCCUGGCCACACCCCCAGCCCCACGAUUGUUCUCUACCUCUCUACGACUCCUCCUCCACCUCCUCCUCUCUGCAUGCGCCUCAGAGCCUGUGCCAGGAACUACCAGCAGCCCUGGACUCGAGGUCCGUCAAAAUCAGUCAACUGAAGAACACCAUCAAAUCCUUGAAACAACAGAAGAAACAAGUGGAACAUCAGCUGGAAGAAGAAAAGAAGGCAAACAAUGAGAAACAGAAAACUGAAAGGGAGCUAGAGGUUCAAAUCCAGAGACUGAACAUGCAGAAAGGGAAACUAAGUAUGGACCUGUAUCACACGCAACAUUCUCCCAGAUACUUUGAAGAGGAGUCAAAGGAUCUGGCCGACCGCCUGCAAUGUUCAUUGCAGCACAGAGAGUUAGAGCAGGUGCUCUGUGCUGUCACCGCCACACAGAAGGCGGCGGCGAACUGGUUUUCUCAAGCCGCACAAGCACUUAUUGACGGGCAGUUAGAGCGGUCCAUACAGGAGAAGGCACGGCUGAAAGCACGCCUGACACGGUUGAAGGAGUCUCUAAAACAAGCCCAUCUAGAGAGAGAUGAAUAUAAGCCAACAUACAAAAAGAGUCCGUGGCAGCAGAGGAUGAGGAAAAUGUCUCAGGAGGUUUGCACCUUUGGAAGAAGGAGAAGGUAGCUUACUGAUACGCAUCAGGUAGAGAACCUGGAGAGGAGCUUGUCCAAACUCAAAAACCAGAUGGCUGAACCCUGUCCCCGGAGCUCCCCAGCAGUGUCCCCUGAGGUGGAGCUGCAGCACCUGAGGGAAGGAACUACAGAGAGAGCAGCAGGAGAGCUCCAGGUCCAGGUAGAGAACAAUCAUACGGUGGAGGAGCUUCAGAAGCAGGAAGAGAAGCUUCGGGAGCAGGAGGAGAAGCUUCGCGAGCAGGAGGAGAAGCUUCGGAAGCAGGAAGAGAAGGAGAAGAAGCUUCGGAAGGAGGAGGAGAGGCUUUGGGAGCAGGAGAAGCUUCGAACAACGAACAAGGGCGCACUGCAGUUGGAGCAGCAAGUAGAGGAGCUACAGGAGAAGCUGGAGGAGGUGAAGGAGACGGUAACCUCUGCCCCAUCCAAGAAGGAGGCAGCGGUCCCAGCCCCAGGGACGGGGGAUGAGUCUAGUGGCCAUAUGGACCACCUGGAGGAGAAGGCGGACCUGAGGGAGCAGGUGGAGAAACAAGAACUUUGAUUCAUCCAGUACUGGAGAGAGAGAUGCCGUCAGAAAGUUCAUCACCUUGUAACAGAGGCAGGGGCCAGUGCCAAAGAUGCGGCAAUGGGAGGAGGACAUCAUCAGGCUGGCCCAGGACAGGGAGGAGAUGAAGGUGAAGCUGCUGGCACUGCAGGAGAUGCUGUUGCAGCUUGUGGCGACUAUAACAAGGGGCACCACAAAUUCCUGGCCACUGCCCAGAACCCUGCUGAUGAGCCCGGUCCAGGAACCCCAGCCCCCCAGGAGCUUGGGGCUGCCGACAAGCAUGGUGAUCUUUGUGAGAUGAGCCUCACCGACAGCGUGGAGCCUACACAAGGAGAGGCCAAGGAGGGUUCUCCCCACGACAACCAUUCUGCACAGCCCAUCGUGCAGGAGUACCAGGAGCACCCAGGCUUGGGCAGCAACCGCUCUGUGCCAUUCUUUUGCUGGGCUUGGCUGCAGAGAAGAAGGAGAUAAACAUCACCAUCAUCAAAGAGCUGGUCAAGAAAUUUUUUAAAAAGACACAAACUUGUGGGGUUAAUCUCCUACACAAUUCAUUUACUUCAUUUGCAUGUUAGAGCUACUCAUGAUGAUUUGUGUUUCUAAUUUAUAUUUGUAAGAAGUUAAAAGAGAGUGGGUCUCUGUGGCUUUCACUGAUGUUCAUUCUAGCAUCCUUUAGCAUUUUUCUUUUUUAAUUUCAUAAUUAUAGGUCAUUAGCAUGCAUAUCGAGUUGGCCUUACAUGGUGGGAGUUCAAACACAUGAAGACCCACUGUUUGCAUAGAACUAUUCUCACUGGUUUGGCAUAGGCUGCCAUGCUUUUUAAAUGUUAUUACAGCAUGUAUGUUCAUUACAGAAUUCAGAUAAAAUUUCCUUAUAUU